UUUGUGGUUAGCUUUCAACUCAAUGCUUUCCGUCCAAUCAUUAAUCUCCCCUCUGAGACGACACACUGCUGAUUUUAAUAUGUGUGGGUGAUCUGGCAGCAUCUUUGCUUGGAAUUCAAGCUCCUUUAUAAGCACCUCUUCCUCCUUUAUAUGGUCCACUUAUUCCACUCUCUGUUUAUUCAAGAUUAGACUAGUUUCCGAAAAUGGGAAGGCAGCCUUGUUGUGAUAAGGUUGGUUUGAAGCGAGGCCCUUGGACCAUUGAGGAAGAUCACAAGCUCAUCAACUUCAUCCUCAACAAUGGCAUCCAUUGCUGGCGUAUGGUUCCCAAGCUUGCAGGUCUGCUGCGAUGUGGAAAGAGCUGCAGAUUGAGAUGGAUCAAUUAUCUGAGGCCAGACCUCAAGAGAGGCGGCUUCACGGAUACGGAAGAGGAUCAAAUUAUUCAGCUACAUUCACGUCUUGGUAACAGGUGGUCUAAGAUUGCUGCACAUUUUCCUGGGAGGACGGACAAUGAAAUCAAGAACCAUUGGAACACGAGGAUCAAGAAGAAGAUGAAGCUGAUGGGUCUCGACCCUGUGACACACACGCCGAUCGAGCAAAUACAAAAGCAAGAAGUCAGCGAUAAUAGGAAACAAAGAAGCCAAUCAAGGCCGAGUUUUUCCACAGGGUCGGAAGAAAAUGUGGAGAUGAUAAUGAAGUCCUCGGACAGUAGCGGCUGCACACUACAAGUUGUUUCAGAAGAACAAGGGAACAAGGUAGAAUUAAACAAGGUGACUUGGGAUGAUCUUACCUAUGAUCUUCCAAACAAAAACGAAAUAAUAUGCUCCGACUUGGACCUGGGAUCGAGGACGAACCAAGAGAAGAAUGCCAGUACUGGCUCUUUUAGUGGCUCGUCUUUUUCUCUGGAAGAUUCUAGCCACCUUUCCAUGAGCGAAUCUUCUUACCUGGGGGAAAACUCGUUACUGGAAUGGGUCGAUAGUAUUAGCAUGGAAUCCAUUCUCGAAUGGGAUGGCUUCGAUCCUUUGAUGGAUCAGGAUGUUUUCUGCUUUGGAAAUAGAUAAUCAGUAUAACAACCCUUAGAAUUUUGACAAUCUCUCUGAAGCAAAAUAACAUCUCUGAGAAAAAACUAAAUGUAAAGAAGUUUGCUACGUGCUUCGAUGUCCCUGCAUUUCCUGGUUCUGUGGUGAAUUAAUGCUUAACUUUGAGGCAUGUGAUGAUGCUUUUCAUGUCGAAUGCCAAUUGGAGUUAUGUGAUCGCUUGGUCUUUCAUUUCAUUAUUACUUUGGAUUGAUUGGGGAUAGGACAGGCUUGAAAACAAUCAUCACUUGUUCUUGUCUCCUGCGUAACUGGCCGUGUGUAGAUUUUAAUUUAUUGAAGUGGUCACACACAGCAUCAUGAUCAUAUGCCCAGGU